AUGUCUAGCCACUUCGUGAUUUGGAAUGCCCAGGGCAUUGCGAAUUCUCGCACCCAGGGUACUCUGAAGAAUAUGAUUGAUAUGUACAGUGUGAUGUUUGCAGCUGUGAUCGAGCCUCAGACCGAUCCCCGGCCUUCUUUUUACAGUAGGCGGUUUGGCCUUCAGUUUGGAUGUGCGAAUAUCAGCGGCAAGAUUUGGAUUUUUGCACAUAGAGACUGGGAUAUUGAGGUGGUCUACGACUCGGAUCAGGUCCUGCAUGUGAGAGUUACGGCCGCCAUCUUUCCCGUUCCCAUUCACCUCUCGAUUGUGUAUGCCAAGUGCACGAGGGUGGGCAGAUAUAGCUUGUGGGACAAGCUCAGAGAGAUUUCCCUGUUGACAGAUGGAUCACCUUGGCUCGUUGGAGGUGACUUCAACAUCUUCCUCACGGAGGAUGAGCGACGGGGUGGCACAUCAGAGAGACACGGUGAGAUGAUGGAUUUUGCAGAUGCGAUUGCAGAGUGUCAGCUUUUUGAUCCUGGCUUCGAUGCUACUCGGGUCACUCAUCUGCCUAGGAUAUCUUCAGAUCACGCUCCCCUCCUGGUCAGGUGCCAGGCUUCUUUACAGAUUCCGAGGCCGUCUUUCAGUUCAAGCUCAAUCGGGUUAAAGGUUUCCUCAAGAGACGUCUUCGGGAACAUCUUUGAGAGCUUGAGAGAGGCAGAGGAGGCGGUCACCUUGGCCCAGGCGGCAUAUGAUGGGGAUCCCACACCCACGCACAGGGCUGAGCUCAAUAGGUGCACCGCAGAGUAUGUCGUCCGCACUAGGAUGGAAGAGGAUUUUUGGAAGCAGAAAGCUGCCAUUCGAUGGGUCCGACAGAAGAGGGUGAAGUCCAGGAUUCACGUGAUUCAGGCAGGCGGCCAGAGCCUCACCUCAGAGGAGGAGAUCAGACAGUCAGCGGUUGGGUUCUUUCAGCAGCUCCUCACGUCAGACAUCGAGCAGCUGGGACAGCCCGAUCUUGACAUCCUGCACAGCUUGCCAGACUCAGUGGACCGCCCGGGUCUUUGUGCAGUGCCAGAUUCAGAUGAGGUCAGAGCAGCAGUUUUUGGCAUCAGUGGAGACAGUGCUUCAGGUCCGGAUGGCUUCUCGUCCCUGUUCUUCCAGCGUUGUUGGGACAUUGUGGGUGCAGAUGUGGUCGCCACAGUCGAGGACUUCUUCCUGGGUGCCCCUAUGCCUCGCAGUUUUACAGCCACGACGAUCAUUCUCCUGCCGAAGAAGGCCAACCCAGAGACUUGGGCGGAGUACAGGCCUAUUAGCCUUUGCAACGUGACCAACAAGAUCAUCACCAAGAUCUUGACCGCGCGUUUGGCGCCGCUGUUGCCUCUUGUGCUGGCGCCAAACCAGAGUGGUUUCGUGAAGGGUCGCUUGCUUUGCGAUAAUGUUCUUUUGGCUAAGGAGAUGAUUCACGACAUCGGGAGGAAGAUCCUCAAGAGGGCCCCAUCGCCUAAUCUAGCACUCAAGCUGGACAUGGCAAAGGCGUAUGAUAGAGUGCAGUGGCCUUUUCUCCUCAUGGUGCUUGAGAGGAUGGGAUUCCCGUCGGGUUGGGUGAGUAUGAUCAGACGGUGCAUCUCCUCGUGCUGGUUCUCAGUUCUGGUGAAUGGGUCCCCUGCGGGCUUCUUCCAGUCGACGCGGGGUCUUCGCCAGGGAGAUCCUCUCUCCCCAUCUCUCUUUGUCCUCGCAGCAGACUACCUGUCUAGGAGCUUGGACAGGCUGGUUGAUUCCCAUCCAGACAUGGCGUACAGAGCUGUUAGAUCAUCGCCCACCAUCUCCCACCUCUCCUAUGCUGAUGACAUCAUCAUCUUCACCAGGGCGCAUAGGGAGGCGGUUGAGAGACUCACGCACUGCCUUGACCACUAUUCGGCAGUGUCUGGUCAGAUGGUGAACCGGGGAAAGAGUCACUUCUUCUUGCUCCCGAGGUUUGAAUCAUGGGCAGAUACGGUGGCGGAGGUCGGAGGCUUCCAGAUGGGCUCGUUCCCUUUCACAUACCUCGGGGUGCCCAUCUAUAAAGGCAACCUGAAGGCUGACUUCCUCCUCGACAUCCGACAGAAGAUGGUGGACCGGAUCCACAACUGGUCCCACAGACAUCUCUCUCUCGGGGGCCGUCUUGCUCUGAUCAAGAGCACCCUGAUGACUAUCCCGCUCCACAUCCUUCAGGUCAUGGAGCCCUAUGGGUACUGGUUGAGGGAGCUGGAGCAGAUUAUGGCCAGAUUCUUUUGGGGCACCGUUGGACAACAGAAAAAGAUUCCCUGGGUCAAUUGGAAGAAUAAGAUCCGUUUGCCGUUGGAUGAGGGAGGCCUUGGCAUCCGUCGCCUCCCCGAGCUGGUCACCGCUUUCAGCAUUAAGCUCUGUCCUAUUUGGCGUCGUCUCACUGUCAUUAGGCAGCAUGUGCAUUGUUUCAUUAGAUGGUCCCUUGGCGAGGGGAAGAUCAGCUUCUGGGAUGACGUGUGGGUCAGGGAUCGUCCCCUUCGGACCUAUUGUCAGCCUGGGACUGCUUUCCCACCCGACAAGGUUUCUUGUUUCUUGAGUGAUGGUGCUUGGCAUGAUGAUAAACUGCAUGAAUUGCUUGUUCGGUAUGCUUUGCCUGCGCAUGUUUUGGAUGUUAUCAGGGCUGUGCCGAUUGAGGUGGGCGGUAGGGAUGUGAUGCGAUGGAGUCUGACUGGUGAUGGCGAGUUCUCGACGGCCUCAGCUUGGGAGCUCAUCCGGACUCGGUCCCCUAGACACUUCGACCUUCGCAUGGUGUGGAAUGCUGGGCUGACCCCGACUACCUCCGUGUUCAUCUGGCGCCUCCUCCUUCAGAAGAUCCCUGUUGAUUGUCAUGUGCAGUCCCAUGGUAUUUCCCUUGCUUCCAAGUGUCUGUGUUGUGUCUCUUCUUCUUCUGUCGAGUCUUUACAGCAUUUGUUUGUGUCUAUUCAGUCGGCGAGGUCUGUUCGGGACUACUUUGAUGGCUGGGCUCCCACCUUGCACAUCAGCUUCAUUAUUCCUUGCUUGGUCUACUGGUUCAUUUGGACGGAGAGAAAUAGCUGUAAGCAUCGCGGCAUUUCAUUUCGUGCUUCCCAUGUGAUUUGGCAGGUUGUACAUCAGUUGCGGACUUUGGUGGCGGCGGGUGUGCUAGUCCCCCUUCAAUGGCGUGGUUGCACCCUGGCUGUCGAUUUCAUGCCCAUGGCUCCUCCUCGCCGGCGAGUUCUGAGGUCCUUGAGUGUUCUUUGGCAUCCACCUUAUGCUCCUUGGGUGAAGCUGAACACAUACGGGGCAUUUUCUACCUCGACUGGACAGGCUGGUGGUAGGGGAGUGGUUCGUGGUUCAGACGGUUCUCUCCUGAGGGCCUUUUGCACGCCCCUUGUAGCCGCGUCGGGCUUUGAGGCGGAGCUUCUUGCUCUUCAUCAUGGUCUGAGGAUGGCUAUGUAG